UUAAGUCAAGCAACGAUGGCCCCCUGGCUACCAAACAUUCUCUCACAAAGUUCAGACACAUAAAACAGUUUAGCAAUCGUUAUCUUAAAGGUGGCAACCGUAACCGUCAUGAUAGAGGAAAACAUUCCCUAAACACUAAACAACCUGUAAGUCCUAUAUUCCCAGGUUAUUAUAAGCCCAACACCUAUUAUAAUUCUUCUGUACAAAACUCAUCGAAAUCAACCUAUCCGAGUUUUAUAGCAACCCAAAACUUGUCUUUGAAGACUGGACCGUGUUAUAAACAAGUUCAUAUAUGGACUAGCAAGGGAAAUAUCAGUUAUUCAAACCGCGUUGGAGAUUUCCCAUGUCCUGGUCAACCGUGUGGACUCCGUCUCGUGUUUAAUACUGAAUACGAUACCCUUAACAACAGCGAUGCAGUGAUUCUUUACCAUACGACUACAUUGGACUGGGAAAAAAUGCAUCGUUAUAAACCAAAAGGACAAAAGUGGAUUUUCUACUCUCACGAGAGUCCAAUUCACACGGAUAAAGGCAUUGUUCCACCACAUAAAUUCUAUAACAAUAGUUAUGAUCUCAUCAUGUCAUAUAGGGUACGGGAAUCCCAUAUCUAUGGUGGAUUCGGUCGUUACUAUACAGAUUACCCUGAGAUAAAGGAAAGAAGAAACUGGGCUGAAAAUAAAACCGAACUGGUUGCUUGGAUGGCAUCAAACUGCGACUGUCUAUCGUGGGAUCGCAAUGGUUUUGUCAAAGCACUGUCUAGUUUCAUUCCAGUUAGCACAUAUGGUAUUUGUGGAUUAGAACCUUGCCCGAAAGAUGAAAGAUGCAUGCAAACCAUUGGAAAACACAAGUUUUACCUGGCCUUAGAGAACACAGCAUGUCGAGACUACAUCACAGAAAAGGUAUGGAGGAACGCCCUUCUCAAUCACGUCGUACCCGUCGUUUUUGGGGCUCCAAGAGAGGACUAUGAACGCAUUCUCCCGCCAAAUUCCUUCAUUCACGUCGAAGACUUUAAAUCUGUCAAAGAAUUGGCAGCAUACCUUCUUAAUGUGAGUAAAAACGAUACACUUUAUAACACGUAUUUUGAGUGGAAGAAAUUUGGUUGGGUGAAGUUGUCUACAGAGAUGUAUCUUUUGGAACCAGAGCAGAUAUGUCACCAUAUUGUAUCAAGACUACUUAAUGAUGAGAGGGACGUAAUGGAAGGAAAAUACCAUCAACCAUUGUUUCCUGAUUGGACAGAUUGGUGGACUAAUUCAUGCAAAACAGAUUUCACGUGGCCAAUCAAAUUUCAUUGA